UAAAGCAUAUAUAUAUAUAUACAUAUAUACAUAUAAAUAGACAGAGAGAAACAGAGAGACACAGAGAGAGUGAGUGAGAGAGAGAGCUCUGAGCUCUCAUUUCUAUUGCAUGCUUGUUUAUGCAUUGGAUUUGAAUGGGGUUUGAGGAGGAGGCGAUAAUUCGAAGCUAUGAUGGGCAGGGCGAUAGAGCUAGAGUGGAAGAUCUUGAAAGAAGAUGCGAGGUAGGGCCAUCAGAACGCGUAUAUCUCUUCACAGACACUAUGGGUGACCCCAUUUGUAGAAUUCGAAACAGUCCCAUGUACAAGAUGCUGGUAGCGGAGUUGGACAGGGAACUGAUUGGUGUCAUUCAAGGCUCUAUAAAGGUUGUCACCGUUCAUGGGCGUCCUAGAGAUCUUGCCAGGGUGGGCUACAUCUUAGGCCUAAGGGUUGCGCCACUUCAUCGACGAAAAGGGAUUGGCUCGAGCCUAGUGCGACGCCUGGAGGAGUGGUUCAUUGCCAACGACGUUGAUCUUGCAUACAUGGCCACCGAGAAAGACAACGACGCCUCGGUCAACCUCUUCGUGGACAAGUUCGGCUACAUCAAGUUCAGGACACCGGCUAUGCUCGUCAACCCGGUAAACUGCCACCCGCUUCAUAUUUCAUCCAACGUCGUGAUACAGAAGAUCAGGAUAGAAGAAGCCGAAUUUCUGUACAGAAAAUUCAUGGCGUCGAUGGAGUUCUUCCCGCAUGACAUACACAACGUGCUGAGAAACAAGCUGAGCUUGGGGACGUGGGUUGCUUAUCCUAGAGGCGAGUCUUUCGGGCGUGGUGGGCAGGUUCCGAGCAGUUGGGCCAUGCUUAGCGUGUGGAACAGCGGCGAACUGUUCAAGCUAAGGCUUGGGAAAGCGCCAUUAUCAUGCUUACUAUACACCAAAAGCUCAAGAUUGAUGGACAAAUUUUUCCCGUGCUUUAAGCUUCCUUCGCUGCCAGAUUUUUUCCACCCUUUUGGAUUCUACUUCAUGUACGGGGUUCACAAGGAUGGACCGUUGUCGGGAAAGCUGGUGAGGAGCUUGUGCCAAUUUGUGCACAACAUGGCUGCAAAGUCUAACAAGGACUGUAAGGUUAUUGUAACAGAAGUGGCAGGUCACGACACGGUGAGACAUCACAUCCCGCACUGGAAACUGCUCUCAUGCCUGGAAGAUUUGUGGUGCAUGAAGGCCUUGAAAAACGAACUAGUCCAUGAAGAAUUGACAAAAACCCCACCAGAAAGAGCUCUUUUUGUAGACCCCAGGGAGGUAUGACAAAUACAUAUGAAAUCAAACCAAAAGAAACCCCACCCUCUCAUGUAUUGUUUGAUAAGUCCAUCCAUCUCUCCUGGUGGGGGCUUUCCUCUUGUUCCUUUCACAUCGGUGACACAAAAUCUCAAAAGAUUUCCUUAAAUAGGUGGCACCUUUUUUGUCCCUCUUCCCAACUAGAUUUUUCGCUUCGUGAUUCAGACUAAUCAAUAAGGCCAGCGGUCCAGCUUUUGUCCCUUCCUCUCAGAUAAAAGUUUUUGCUGGACCCGACGUCCCUCCCCCCCUCCUCUGUUCAGUCCCAUCGGACGAUCUUCCUAACAUGCCACAACAGCAUACUGACAAUUCAGAAUUGCAUUGAAAUGAAACAGAACAUGAUAUGUGUUGGUUCAAA